AUGGCGUCGGUGUGGGAUGAGUCGGAGGACGGCGUCGGCGAGGAGGUGCUGAAGAUGUCCACGGAGGAGAUCGUGCAGCGCACCCGCCUCCUCGACAGCGAGAUCAAGGUAGCGGCGGGGCCGCGCCGGGCCGGGGAGCGGAGCCGGGCCGGGGAGCGCAGCCGGGCCGAGCCGCACUCCCGGGAGCUCUGUGCUGCUGUUGUUCGGGGCGGGCGGAUCAUGAAGAGUGAGGUACUGAGAGUGACCCACGAGCUCCAGGCCAUGAAAGACAAGAUCAAAGAGAACAGUGAGAAGAUCAAAGUUAACAAAACCCUGCCAUACCUUGUUUCCAAUGUUAUUGAGUUGCUGGAUGUUGACCCAAAUGACCAGGAGGAGGAUGGAGCAAACAUUGACUUGGAUUCCCAGAGAAAGGGCAAGUGUGCUGUGAUCAAGACCUCUACACGUCAGACAUAUUUCCUGCCUGUUAUUGGGUUGGUUGAUGCUGAGAAGUUGAAGCCUGGAGAUCUGGUGGGCGUGAACAAAGACUCUUACUUGAUCCUGGAGACUCUGCCUACUGAGUAUGAUUCACGGGUGAAAGCCAUGGAGGUGGAUGAGAGGCCCACAGAGCAGUACAGUGACAUCGGGGGGCUGGAUAAACAAAUCCAAGAGCUCGUGGAGGCCAUUGUCCUGCCGAUGAAUCAUAAGGAGAAAUUUGAAAAUUUGGGCAUACAGCCACCCAAAGGAGUCCUUAUGUAUGGGCCUCCAGGAACAGGGAAGACACUUUUAGCUCGAGCAUGUGCUGCCCAGACCAAGGCCACGUUCCUGAAGCUGGCAGGUCCACAACUUGUGCAGAUGUUCAUCGGCGAUGGAGCGAAGCUGGUACGCGAUGCCUUUGCUCUUGCGAAGGAAAAGGCUCCUUCCAUCAUCUUCAUUGAUGAACUGGAUGCCAUUGGCACUAAAAGGUUUGACAGUGAGAAGGCCGGUGACCGGGAGGUGCAGAGGACCAUGCUGGAGCUGCUUAAUCAACUUGAUGGUUUCCAGCCCAACACACAAGUCAAGGUGAUUGCUGCAACCAACCGGGUUGAUAUCUUGGACCCAGCUUUGCUCCGCUCUGGACGACUGGAUCGGAAGAUUGAGUUCCCCAUGCCUAAUGAAGAGGCCAGAGCCAGAAUUAUGCAGAUUCAUUCACGCAAAAUGAAUGUCAGCCCUGACGUGAACUAUGAGGAACUGGCUCGCUGCACAGAUGAUUUUAAUGGAGCCCAAUGCAAGGCUGUGUGUGUUGAAGCGGGAAUGAUUGCCCUCCGCCGUGGAGCUACAGAGCUCACCCACGAGGACUACAUGGAAGGAAUCUUGGAGGUUCAAGCAAAGAAAAAAGCCAAUCUGCAGUACUAUGCCUGA